AGGAGAGAGGAGAGCCGGCCACGACCUGCGACUGCACCGGGGUCAUGUUGUGAGCUGGAGGAACUGCUUCCUGGAGCUUUGAACUCUUCCUCACCGUCUCCACAAUGCGGACUCACACCGGCUCAUCCAACCCGCUCACCGGCCCCUCGGCCCCGGGUCCCCGCGCUACUGCCGCCGCGGUCACCUGUCUGCUGGCGGCCGGGAUGCUCGUCGUCGCCGUCGGGAACGUGAGCAGCGGAGAGCCGGGGGGUCCUCCGGCUGCUGCUGCUACUGCUGGAGCGGGGAACGGGAGGGCUUUCUCGGCGUAUUUCAGUAAACUCACCCGGGAGAGGAGAGCGAUAAGCGGGCCCCGGAAAAGGAGCGUGACCCCCGGGCCCGUGGAGCCUCUGACCCCCGCUGACCUCUUCAUAGCGGUGAAGACAACCGGGAGGUAUCACCGGCAGAGACUGGACCUGCUGCUGGAGACCUGGAUCUCCACACACAUGCACCAGACGUACGUGUUCACUGACGGAGAGGACGAGGAGCUGAGGAAGAGACUGGGUUCUCACCUGAUCAACACCAACUGCUCAGCCGCCCACAGUCGUCAGGCUCUCUCCUGUAAAAUGGCUCAGGAGUACGACACUUUCAUUCACUCUGGAAAAAAGUGGUUCUGUCACGUCGAUGACGACAACUACGUGAACGUCGGCUCCCUCCUGAGACUCUUGUCGCAGUUCGGUCACACGGAGGACGUGUACAUCGGCCGGCCGAGCCUGGAACGACCCAUAGAGGCCACAGAGAAGCUGGGCACGGCUGAGAUGAAGCAGGUGAGUUUCUGGUUCGCCACAGGGGGAGCCGGGUUCUGUCUGAGUCGCGGCCUCGCUCUCAAGAUGAAACCCUGGGCAAGUGAUGGCACUUUCAUGUCGACUGCCGAGCACAUUCGCCUCCCAGACGACUGCACUGUUGGUUACAUCGUGGAAGCGCUGCUCGGCGUGAGCCUCGUCCGCUCAGCGCUGUUCCACUCCCACCUGGAGAACCUGGGAAUGGUGUCAGACAUACACAAACAGGUGACUCUCAGCUACGGCACAGUGGAAAACAACAGAAACACUGUGAAUGUGAAAGGAGCUUUUUCAGUUAGGGAAGACCCGACAAGAUUCAGGUCUGUCCAUUGUCUGUUGUACCCAGACACUCCUUGGUGCCCCGGCCCCUGGCGACUCCCACAGCCGCCGUCCAGAGAUGGAGGGAUGGACUGACGGGGGGGGGGAGAAGAAGUAAAGUCUGGGAACAAAAAGAUAAAAGAGAAGAGAGGUCCCUGUGCUCCUCUGACUCAGAAGAAUCUCAUGUCCCGCAGAGUGCUGAAGUAGUUUGACCCGUGGACUUCGACCCUGUGAAUUGCGACCUGGUGUUUCCUGACUCUAAAGUGUUUAUCGUCUGAACGAUGCUCAACUCGGCUCCAGACGUGGAUCUGAACCUGCCACCUCCUCUUUCUCUUUAAUGGCCACAUUCAGCUUCAGUUCUUUUCAGGCUCAGCUCUCGUUUGUCACCUUCAGCUGAACUCGUCUCAGUUGUGCAUUGAGCGUAAAGCGGAAGUGAUCAGGUGAUAGUGAGGCCAAAGCCUCGUUCUCAGCGUUGGAUACGCUAACGGACGGGUACCACAGGAAAUCAAGAAAUAUCAACAAUACUGGAACUUUUUAGGAGACACUUUAAGAGCUGUUAAGAGACGACAGGCAUCAGGGGUUAUGAUGUUACUUCGAUUGUGCAAAUGGACAAACUGCUGCUUUUUGCCACUUUCAAAUUUUAACAACCACAACCAAUGUAAAGUACAUGGGCAGUGACAGUUGCGUUGCUUAAAACUUACGUGAAGUUCUUUUAUCAGGUAUGAUCAAAGGAUCACGGCUACAACACAAUCCGAUGGGGCAAACGACACGAGCACAAAUAUUUUUCUUUUUUAAUAGAAACUAAACAACUAAGAUGUAAUUGGAUGUGUGAUUCUGGAGCCACAGACAUCAUCCUCUCUGGAGUCGAGAGGAAAGAUCUCGUACCUUCUGGCCUCAAUUUCAUUCUCCACCAUGGCUCCUCUCAAAGAUCUGUUUAGCCUCACACCCCCGAACAUUCCCAGCGUCCCCUCUCCACCUCCUCCGCCAUAACAGAUCGUUUUUUUGUCUUGAUAAGACGGAGUCACUACAUGUGAUUAGAUGCACUGGAGCGAUCGAACACAGAAGAACGGAUGAAUCUUUCAUCACUUCAGCACAAUGAGGCAAAGGAAAACUCAUUUUGAUGAUUUUUCUAGGAUCCAGACUCCUUCAUGUGAAGUUUUAUCUCCUCAGUAUUAUCUCUGUAUGAAUAAUGUUAUCACGACUGAGCACUUUGCUUUUUUAAAUCUGCUGCUUGCAAUUCGUCAUUUGAUAAAAGGAACAUUCCAAGGAACGGUUUGACAUUUUCAGAAAUGAUGCUCAUCUGCUUUCUUGCAAGACAAUGAAGGUUAAUGAAGAUGGAUGAGGUGUCUCCAUCUCAUCGCACUCUACAUAAGUACAAAGACUUUGAAUUAAUUUCCCCUUUCAGUGGAAAUUAAUUCUGCUUCAUGUAAGGAAGAUAUAAGAUGUUUAUUAGUCAGAUUCUUCUUAUCUCACAGCAUGAAAGACCAUUUGCACACUUUUCAAAAAAAGUCAAACUAUUCCUUUAACAACUGUGUAUUAUUAAGGCCUCUCUUGUGAACUAUUCUUCAAAAAAAGAUGGAUACCACCGUUCUUUAUCCAUUUGAACAGAUGGAGUGUGAUAGUUAAUGUUGUUAAACUGCUUUUAAAGCUCGCAGCAGUGUGACGGAUAUUUCCCCUCUGAGCUCCUUCAGAGAAAUGACUCAUGUUGGGUCGUCGUCUGUAUUUUUGUGCAGUGAAAGCAACUGAAUGAAGUUGAUCAAAAAUUGAAAUUCUGUCCCCAGUGAAAUGAAUGUAUACGAUGAACUGUUGCUUGUGAAGCGUACGCGCUCUCUCCAGUAUCUGGACUGUCUGUGGACGUCACGACACAAGUUAAUAAAAACUGUCGAUGGUCAAAUA